CGAGCGGCCGCCCCACCCGCGGGAGGAGGCCCGGCCGCGACCCGGGCCGCGGGCUGAGGAGCGACUCGGGCGCCCGCACGCUACCGCCACAGACGGCGCCCCUGUCCCGGACCCCCGCCCGCCGGCCCCGGCUCGAGGGCCGCGGCAGUGGCUUCAAGAUGGACGAAGACGGCGGCGGCGAGGGCGGCGGCGUCCCUGAAGACCUCUCCUUAGAAGAGAGAGAAGAACUUUUGGACAUUCGUCGAAGAAAAAAAGAACUUAUUGAUGACAUUGAGAGGCUGAAAUACGAAAUUGCAGAAGUGAUGACAGAGAUCGAUAACCUGACUUCAGUGGAGGAGAGCAAGACUACACAGAGGAACAAGCAAAUAGCCAUGGGAAGAAAGAAAUUCAACAUGGACCCCAAAAAGGGAAUUCAGUUUCUAAUAGAAAAUGACCUGCUACAGAAUUCCCCAGAAGACGUUGCCCAGUUCCUCUAUAAAGGAGAAGGCCUAAAUAAGACUGUCAUUGGGGACUAUCUGGGCGAGAGGGAUGAAUUUAAUAUCAAAGUUCUUCAGGCUUUUGUUGAACUCCAUGAGUUUGCUGAUCUCAACCUUGUACAAGCCUUAAGGCAGUUCCUGUGGAGCUUCAGACUGCCUGGAGAGGCUCAGAAGAUUGAUCGCAUGAUGGAGGCCUUCGCUUCUCGCUACUGCCUGUGCAACCCAGGCGUCUUCCAGUCCACAGACACAUGCUAUGUGCUGUCGUUUGCCAUCAUCAUGCUGAACACCAGCCUGCACAACCACAACGUGCGUGACAAGCCCACUGUGGAGCGGUUCAUCACCAUGAACCGUGGUAUCAACGAGGGGGGCGACCUCCCUGAGGAGCUGCUAAGGAAUUUAUAUGAAAGUAUUAAGAAUGAACCCUUUAAGAUCCCAGAGGAUGAUGGGAACGACCUGACACAUACGUUCUUUAACCCGGACCGGGAAGGCUGGCUCCUGAAGCUGGGAGGGCGCGUGAAGACCUGGAAGCGGCGUUGGUUUAUCUUGACUGACAACUGCCUCUACUACUUUGAGUACACCACAGACAAGGAGCCUAGGGGCAUCAUCCCACUGGAAAAUCUCAGCAUCAGAGAGGUAGAAGAUCCACGGAAACCUAACUGCUUUGAGCUUUACAAUCCCAGCCACAAAGGGCAGGUCAUCAAAGCCUGCAAGACAGAGGCUGAUGGCCGGGUGGUGGAGGGAAACCAUGUGGUAUAUCGCAUCUCUGCCCCAAGCCCUGAAGAAAAGGAGGAGUGGAUGAAAUCCAUCAAAGCAAGCAUCAGCAGGGAUCCUUUCUACGACAUGUUGGCAACGAGGAAAAGAAGGAUUGCCAAUAAGAAAUAGACCUGCCAGCAGGUAAACUAAAACCCGAACCUCACAGCAGAUGUGACUGACGGCUGCCCCAACACGACAGCCGGGCUGCACCUCCUCAAGUGACAGUGGUUUCCAGAGCCAGCUGUGGCACAGCUGCACACCCCGAAGCCUGUGCUGUGUGUGGCCUGCAUCGUGGUCGGCUGUGUUUCUUCCUGGUGCCACCUGGCCCAGAGCCUUGCUUCCUACGGCACCACAGGAUGGGAGGGAGAUUCCCUGUGGGCAUCUGCUGAUCUUGCCACGUGCAUCGGCCCACUUGGGCAGUGGCAGUGACCAUUCUAGAAGCCACUGUUUUAUAUCAAAAUGGAAAUGGAAAAAUUACCACUUUUUUAAUUCAGAUUUUUCUCAGAUAUAUAGGAUUAUAGCUUUUAUAUGCCUUUUUAUAUCCUCAAGUUAUAAUGAAAGACACUUUCUAACAGUAGUAUUUUUAGAAUGGCAGCUAUGAAUACAACUCCUGGACACAAAUAUAUACUGUGCACUGAAAAAAAAAAAGUAUAUGCAGCACCUAAAGAGAGGGCUGUGGGGCAACUUGCAGUUGGGUGGGAGCUGCAGGAAAGGCACUAGUGUCCUCAAGGACUAGUAAACUUGGGGGCUGCAGGUGUGAUAAGCCCUGCAAUUCCCCUCUCAUACUUUUUUGGCCCUGCAAAUACUUUUUAAAACCAAUCAUUAAGAUAUGGUUAUAGUUUGGGUCUAUUUGUCGUAUAACUGCUGAAUCCAAGGAAAAGGCGCUCUUUCGCUGGGCAGAUCACCCAUAGGUUGAACUAUAGGAAACUGCUUAUAUCUGACCAUUUCCAGCCCACACAAACAGCAGUUCUACAUAGUUUCAUGGAAUACAUGGGUCAAAUCAACUUUUGACCACAUCCAUUGCUACUUAAAUUCUUCAGCAGAAUACUUCUCUCUCAGAUGUAAUCAAAUUUCUCAUUGAAUGACUAGAUAUAUCUAGUAAGUAGAAAUAGUCCAUCGUCUUUCUCUUGCAGUACUGUGCUCUCCAACCUGAGCUGCCUUUGUAAGGAGGGAGAGAGCCAUGAAUGAAGGUGUGUGGCAUUUAGGGUUUUCUGUGAGCAGUGGAGAACCCCAUAUGUAAACUGAGAUGGGCUGAUUGUCCUACCACUAGACUGUCAGAGCUAGGCAAGGAUGAGGACACUGGGUGAGUGACAUAGUCUCUCCCCUGGGGAACUUUAUUUGCACCUUUGGAUGCCUGUGCAUUAACAUGUGGGCCCUCUUUAGCUCCAUAUGCAAGGGCUGUUUGGUUGUGACCCCUGCCUGGACUUGCUGCCCUGCCCUGUUUGUACAGGUGCACCCAGAGUUUGCACCCUUUGGAGGUUGUUUGUAUUCCUGUGCAAAAGCAAGUCUAGGAAUAAAAACCUCAGACCGAAUGCACUUAUGCAGAAAUAAGUCUUCCCAUGGGCUGCCUUGAAGCGGAGAUUGUGUAGCCCUGGGACCUUUGCCUUUGGGUGGCUGACCUUAGUGUGUAGCUUUAUGUCACACCAGACUGCAGAAGGUCCAAGGCUGAAACUCUCCAUCAUGCAUUAGACUGAUAUUUUGAUUUAUCCCUGAGCUUCUAUGCUGUUACUUUACUAAUACCUCAGACCUGAAGCUUUAGUGUUUGAGCAAGGCAAGUUGGCUGCCUUGAUAUGCCUGACUGGUGUAUAUGCAACUUUGCCCCCUGUCUGCCAUGCGUAGGUGCUGCCCAGACCAGCAUGAUGCCUCCACAUCAUGAUGAGGACCAAUCAUGAUGCCUCCACAGUGUGGGUCACCCUUGGGCCAGCACUGCCAGGGACUGUAGCAGCAGAGGGUCAGCAGUUCACACAGGGAUGAGUGUCUUCCUCUCUCCCUAUUAUCUAACCCAGGUACGGCCCUGGGGAUGUGGAGCUUCCUGUUUUAGGAUGUUGAGAGAAGUGAGCAUGAAGUCACCUGGUGGUGAAUCUGUCAUCACCACGGUCACCUGUGAGCAGCUCUGCUCGAUGGUUGUUCACCCAGGAUCGUGCAGAAAGCCUUGGUGCUCAAAAUCUUAAGUGAUUUGUCCAAUCAAGAAAGAGUAUUACAUGAAAUCACCUAACUCCAAGUUUUCUUGUGACAGUAUUAAUACUGAGGGCGUGUCUCAUCAUGCUGUGUACCUGGCCUCUACCAGGCCAUCUAGAAGUUGGACCCCCCCCCCCACUCCACUACAGGGGUAGUGAGGCUCAGUCAUGCUUAUCACCUCCCCACCCAAGGGUCUGCACUCCAUCCUGAGUUAUCAGUCCCAACUCUGGCCAAAGACAAAGUUUCUUCCAGACACACAGGGCAAUAGGCAGUUCUGAGGAGGAAAACUGGGAGGGAGAUGGCAGCUCUACAGCACCCCAGCUGUCUCACUGGGCCCUGGUUAUCCUUUGAGGUUUAUUUGGAAUCACCCUAGAUCUACACUCAAAGUCCCCACAUCUCCAGGGUCCUGAAACACUUUCAUGUAGUUUAAUGUGGCACCAAAUGGACUCAGAGUAAGAGCUAUUUAUAGAUGAAGCAGCAUUUAGUGCUUCAUAUAAAGCAAUGCCUAUUUUCAAGGUCUCAGAUACAUAUAUCUACACAGAUGUGCUUUGAUGAGAAGUUAGGUCUAUUAUAGACCAGAAUCCACAAGUUGUGAUUGCUCAUUUUCUUAUUUUUUUCUGAAAAAACAUUUCUAUUACCUAAAUAUAGUUAAUAUGUAAAUAAUGUACAUAUAUUCAUUUCUGGAGUGUUUUAUUAUUCAGUGUAUAUACCCCCUAUAACUUGCAUGAAUAUUCUAUUGAUAUGAAAAUUAUCUAGUGAUAUUUUGCUGCAAAAUGAACAGUACAACUGAAGGGUAUGUGGCUAUUAAAGCUUGCAAUAUUGUCUUUGCUAAAUAAAAAUCCCAUGUAUUGUUAAAACAA